AUUAUGUUUUAAUAUCUGGUAUAGCUGAUAUUACUGCUUAUUCUUUUCAGAGUUUUCUUUGGCUAUUCUUAAUUGUUUGCUUUUUUGUACUAGGGAUUGAAUCCAGAGCUUUCAUAUUCACACUGAGUUAUCCCCAGACAUUUUUAUUUUAUUUUAUUUUUAUUUUAAACAUUCCCUAAAUUGCUCGACCAGGCCUCCCAGAACAUAGGGAUUACAGGUUUGUGCUAUCAUGCCUGGCUUUAUUUUUCUAUGUAAACUUUUGGAUCAGCUUAUCUGGUUCCAGAAAACAAAAAUUUCCUAUUGAGAUUGUAUUAAAUUUGUAAAAUAAUUUAGGGGAAAGGGAUAUCUUUAUGAUGUUAAAUAUUCUUAUCCAUGUACAUACUUUCUUUUAGUUUUUUAUUUUGAAACAGUGUCUCACUAUGUUGCCCAGUGUCUCACUAUGUUUGGCCCUGAACUCAGAAUCCUCCUGCCUCAGCCUCCCCAGUAGCUAGAAUAACAUUCAAAUUUCCUUCUGAUUCCUCUGGAGUAUUAUCAAAUUUCCUUCAUACAAGUUUUAAAUACUUCUCACAAAGUUAUUAACUUUAUUUCCAGUUCAACUUUCUCUAUAGAUUUUUUUUUUUCUUUUCUUGUACCAGGGAUUGAACUCGGGGUCCUUGCACUUUCUCAGCAGGCGGCAGAACCACUGAGCUAAAUCCCCAGCCCCUAUUUGUAACUAUUAUAAAUGAUAAUUGAGCAGGAGUCACCCCUGUAAUUUGACUAAUAGACUUGCCUCCAUUGUUUAGAUAUUCCAUAAAAUGCUGGCUUUUUGGUUAGUUACAUACAUUAUGAUUAGUCAUAUAGAUACAGAUUGUCUGUGCUGGCUGGGUAUCUGGAGCUAUCAGUAGAAACAAAAAGCUUCAAGAUUAAGAUUAUUUCUAUGCCUGAGAUGUUAAAGGAAAAAAAAACCCAAAGGCUGUGAUUCUGCAAUCUUUAAAGAAUUAACUAGAAGCCAGGCGUGGUGGUGCACACAUGUAAUCUCAGCAUUCAGGAGGCUGGGGGAGGAGUAUUGCUGUGAGUUUGAGGCCAGCCUGAACUUACGUUGUGAGACCCUGUCUCAACCCCCUGUUCCAAAUCAACUGGAAUAAAAAUAAGGUGCCAGAUAAAACAUUCAUUCUUACUCUUCUGCUUUCUAUCCAUUCUCUCCUUUUAGGCAACUGAAAAUUUGUUUCUCUUUUGUGUUCUUUUCAUUCCUUCUUUCUUAGAAUUUUUGUGGUAAAUUGAUUUUGUUACACUGAUUGUUUUCAUAUGCUUUGUGGUAUUUUUCAAAUGAAUUUACUUGGCCAGGGAUUUAGCUCAGUGGUUCUGCUGCCUGCUGCGCAAGCGCAAGGACCCAAGUUCGAUCCCCGGUACUGAAAAAAAAAAAAGUCUGCUUCAAAUGAGUUUACUUAACUGUUGAGAAAUUAUCCUGCCCAUUUUCACUGCUUUUUGCACAGUAUCAUGAAUGACAUUAUUUGUAUUAUAUUUGUUUGAGAAUGGCUUUCCUAGAUAAGCACCAGGAAAAAAAGAGGCAUAGUCGCAUUCUUUGUUUCAUACUUCACCUGCCUUCUCGAGGGUUCCAGCAAAGGACUCCUCCUUUUGUGACUUGUUGACCUUCAUUUUUCACCUCAUUUAGCAUCCAGAAUGUUUGUGUUCACUUACAGAAGUUGCUAACUUUGGUAUCUCUAGAACUUAUUCCCAAGUACUUCUCAAACCACACUUCUUGCUUCCUCCAUAGUCCUUUUCUCUGUAAUCUGGGUCUCCAUUCUGCUUUUCAUCAGUUCCCAGUUCUCUUCUUUUUUUGAGACAGGAUCUCUCUAUGUAGUUCAGGUUGGCUUUAAACUCACUGUGUAGCCCAGGCUGGCCUUGAAUUCAUGGCGAUCCUCCUGCCUCGGCCUUCCAAAUGCUGACAUCAUAGGUGUGCACCACCAUGCUCAGCCCCUGUUCCCAUUCUGUAAGAAAAUAUUAACUGUAGACUUCAGAACUCUUAGAAGUCCUUAGAAGCCUCCUUUGCAUUCCUACUUCCUCCUGAGGCGUCUAUGCAACUUCCUGUUUAGUUCUAUUUGAGUCUGAUUAGAUAGUUUGGAAUUUUUUCCUGUCCCUGAUUUUGUUGCUCAUUAGUAAACUGAGUUACAGUUUUCACUUUGCGGUUUUCACAGAGGGAGGGGCCCCUCAUCCUGAGAAUGGUUAUUUGCUAGUUAAUUCUCAGAUCUUGUACUUCAAGGACUUCUGGCUAUUCCUACUUUUUUGGUUCCUGCGCAACUUGUAUUUUGUGAGUUUUGGGCCAUAUUUAGAAUUAACUUUUUUCCUACUGGUUUCACUAAAGAUACACUUUAAAUUGGCUGGAUCCCAAACAAAGCACAUUAUUUUUUAUACAAUUUAUGUGGUUUUUAGGAGAAGCAUUUUAACCAUUUGAAACUGAACACCAGCUGUGCUUCUAUGAAGCCUUUCCUAGGUUUCUUGGUGUUGGCAUUGCUAGGGUUCUGUCCUUGACUACCUUCUUCACAUACUGUGUAUAUUCUGUUAGCAGUCAUAGUAACAUUCUGUUUCUUUAGCCACAGUGAUAAUUCUGAUAACUGGCAAAUUUCACUCUUGGCCUAUUCUGAACUCCUGAUAUCCAGCUGCCUGCGUGUUUCUUAGAAACCUGAUACUCUGCAUAUCCAGAAUAUCAAAUUUGAUAUCCCUUGUAUUGGUUGUCUCCAGCUAACUUACCAUCUCAUGUUUCCCUCUGUGUACAUUAUUUAGUAAAGUUCUGAGCCUUCUAUAUCUGCCAUACCUAGGUACCCAGUUACGAAUUGGCGACAGAGCUUUUUCAGAAUACAUAAUAAAUGAUGUGUGUGUGUUUUAAUAGUAACUUUUUUGUGAUUUUGUUUUUUUGUGUGCCUUUAAUUUUAUAAAACACUUGGUAUGAUAUAAGAGAAUUUCCAUGUACCAUUUAUUCAGAAUCACCAGUCAUUUUGCAUUUUGUUUUUGAUUUGCUUUUUUCAUUUCUUUUGUUUUUUCUUGGUACCAGGGAUUGAACUCUGGACCUUUUGCUUUUGAGGCAGACAGCGGAACCACUGAGCUAAAUCCCUGGCUCCUUUUUUCAUUUCUUUUUCUCCAAAUACAUGAAUGUCAAAUUGUUUUCUGAACAUUUGAGGCUAAGUUACAAAUAACACUCCUUUUAUAAGAACUUCAACUUGAAUCUUCUGUGAACAAAGACAUUGUUUCAUGUACAUAGUAGAGUGAUCAAAAUCAGAAAAUUUGACAUUGAUCCGUUAAGUCAAACUCACAUUCAGAUUUUUAUCAGUUGUUCCAGUAGUGUCCUUAAGUUGAUUUUUUAAAAUGUUUUUGAGGCCAGGGAUUUAGCUCAGUGGUUCUGCCGCCUGCCUCACAAGUACAAGGCCCUGAGUUCAAUUCCUGGCACCAAAAAAAAAUGUUUUUGAACAAGUGGAUGAACAUAUAUUCAUAGGAAGUUUUUAAUCCUGAAUACUGUCACAAAAACUUAACUACACACAAUAGCCUUGUGGCUUACUUCUAGAAGAUAGGCACCUGUUGCUGUAGUCAAAGAUAAGGAGUAUUUGUGCUGGCCAGGGGUUUAGCUUAGUGGUUCUGCCGCCUGCCUCGAAAGCACAAAGUCCCGAGUUCGAUCUCCAGUAGCAAAAAAAAAAAAAAAAUCAGAAGUAUUUGUGCAGGAGUAAGGGCAAUAGUAAAAAUUUGCUUGGGAACCUGGGUAGAAGUAUGGUGCUAGAGAAAAAUAGCAACCAGUCAUAUGAGAAAUGAGCAGAUUUCCUAUGUAAGUAAAAUUCUGAAAGUAAUUCUCCCUUUCCCUAUUUCUGGAUGUAUGGAGAGUUAAAUAGCUCAGUGAAUAUGACUUUAAAAUUUAGGAUUCAUAAUAUCCUAGGUUCCCAGGACAUGGUAGCACACGCCUGUAAUCCUAGCAUCUGGGAGGCUGAGGCAGGAGGAUCACCAUGAGUUCUAGGCCAGCCUGAACUAUGUAGCAGGACCCUGUCUCAAGAAAAAAGUUCUAGGUCUUUUGUGUACACACUUAUGUGCUUUAAUCACAAGGUAAAAAAAUCAUUACUUUUUUCUCUUUCACAGGGCCACUUCCUUGCGCAUCUCUGAGAAGUGCACCUUCCUCAUCCUUCAGAAGGUUCAGGGGCCCCAGGGCUCAUCCUGAAUUCUCGAAUGGUAUUUUGGUCACAGCAGUAACAGUCUAGUGCUGUGUCAUUUUCCCCAGUAGCAGGUUUCAAAGAGACCAAACUGGAUAUGGUCUUCCAUUGAAGAAGACAAACUGCAUGGUGGAGAAAGAGUCUGUCUAGAGUCUUAACAUGAAGUGAACUUCAAAUAAUGUUCUGCUGUACAUUGAAAAUCUUCCAGUUUAUUUCAAUAAGAAACAUUGGAUAAACCUGAGAAGAUAAUGAGCAGAUGAGAAACAUCAAGACUUUGGAGGCAAGUUAUAUCCAUCUCCAGUGAAUACUGACUGGGGAAAAAACAGUGAACAUAAGAAAAUUAGAAAAAUCCUUCCUUUUCUCACAGACCUUAUUUCUCUUCGGGCACACAUUUUUGAAAUUUUCACUUCAAAAGACAAUUUAGGCUUAAUUAUGAGGAAAGCUGUGUAGAAAAGAAUCAUUAAUUUUAUUAAUUUGAAAAUCCUCUACCAGAGCUAAUUCCUUGUGGUAAUAGUCUCUUGUAAAUCAGAGUAUUCCCCAUUGGAGAAAAACUGUAUGAAUUUACUGAAUGUGGGCAAACAUUUAUACACCUGCAUCAUCUCAUGGAACCAAGAAGUCAUGCUGAAGAGACACCCUGUACUUCUAAGGAAUAUUAAAAAGCCAUUAGCUAGAUGACAGAUCUCAUUGAGCAACAGAAAAUUCAUACUGGAGAGAAACCAGUGAGUAUAGCAUAACCUCAUUGAAUAUUAGCAUUUUAUACUGGAGAGAUAGCUUUGGCUACGUGUGAUAAAAUUGUCUCAGACUUUAUCCUUUAUUCUACAUUUGAGAGGUCAUACACAAAAGAAGCCUUAUAAAUGUAAGAAAUGUGGAAAUAUCUUCAGCCAAAAGUAAAUCCUCAUUCAUCAAAAAAUUCAUACUGGAAAGAAAUCUUGUGAAUGUGGGAAAGCUUCCAUUCCGAUGUCACACCUCAGCCAGCAGAGAAAUUGUAGCGGGGGAAACCCCUUUGCCUGUAAGGUAUGUGGGAAAAUCUUCAGCCACAAAUCCAAUCUCACUGAGCAUGAGCUUUUUCAUACUAGAGAGAAACCUUUUGAAUGUAAUGAAUGUGGGAAAGCCUUUAGCCAAAAGCAGUAUGUCAUUAAACAUCAGAACACCCAUACUGGAGAGAAGCUUUUUGAAUGUAAUGAUUGUGGAAAGUCCUUCAGCCAGAAAGAAAACCUCCUUACCCAUCAGAAAAUUCACACUGGAGAGAAACCUUUCGAGUGCAAAGAUUGUGGGAAAGCUUUCAUUCAGAAGUCAAACCUCAUCAGACACCAGAGAACUCACACGGGAGAGAAGCCCUUCAUAUGUAAGCAGUGUGGGAAAACCUUUAGUGGCAAAUCAAAUCUUACUGAGCAUGAGAAAAUUCAUAUUGGAGAGAAACCCUUUAAAUGUAAUGAAUGUGGGACAGCUUUUGGCCAGAAGAAGUACCUCAUAAAGCAUCAAAACAUUCACACUGGAGAGAAACCCUAUGAAUGUAAUGAAUGUGGAAAAGCCUUCUCUCAGCGAACAUCACUUAUUGUGCAUGUGAGAAUUCAUUCAGGUGAUAAACCUUAUGAAUGCAAUGUAUGUGGAAAAGCCUUCUCUCAGAGUUCAUCUCUCACUGUGCAUGUGAGAAGCCAUACCGGUGAGAAGCCCUAUGGUUGUAACGAAUGUGGGAAAGCUUUCUCACAGUUCUCAACCCUAGCCCUGCAUUUGAGAAUACACACAGGUAAGAAGCCUUAUCAAUGUAGUGAAUGUGGGAAAGCUUUCAGUCAGAAGUCACACCAUAUUAGACACCAGAAAAUUCAUACUCAUUAAAAAACAUGUGACUAUCUUCAAAAUGGGAAAAUGUGCACCAGGAAUUUGUAUCUCACAGUACAUCUGAAAUAUUUUGAAGCAAAGCACUGCAGGUGAGGUGAACUUUAACAAAUGCUAAAACUUACGGGAUACCAACUAGCGCAUACUGAAGAAAAAGAUUUUUGUAUGAUGAAAAGACUGCCUGACCAAGAAAACUGUAGCAGAGGUAAUAAUUAACUUUAAAUGCAUUUCCCUAAAAUUGGGUACAGAAAAUAGAGGCCUGUUACUGCUCUUGGCAUAAGUCUGGAGAUCUUCACCAAUAUAAGAAAAUAAGGUAUAAGUAUUAGGAAGAAAUAAAAACAUAUGAUCAUCUACAAAUAAGCCUUUGUGACAACGAUUCAGCAGAGCAGAAGAUUCCAGAAAGAGACCUAUGCAUUUAUUCGAAUUUGGAAUAUGUAAGAGAUGGCAUUAGGAGAUGAAGAAAUAAUAAGACUUGAAAAAAUUAUUUGGAGGUAAUUUGUUCUCCAAGGGUGGAGAAUGGACCAUAGAUUACACAGGAUAGUAAAACCCACAGGGAUUGAAGAAAAAUAUAAAAAGCCAGUAUACUAAAAAUGGUUAUGAGCUUGAGAGUAGGAAAACAUUCCUUAUAACAAAUUCAAGAAUACAUAUUAGUUUUACUUGUAUGUAUGCUCAGGAAAUAAUGUAGUAGCCAGGUAAUGGAAACAAUUUAAAUCUCCAUCUGGAACAAAAUGGAAAAUUCUUAAGAUAGAAUACUACACAUCUGUAAAAAUGGAACACAUGUUAAUGGAAAUAUCUAAAAGUUGAGAAGGAAAAAUGUUGCAGAAUGAUGCAUAUAGUACAAUGACUUUUUGUAAAUUUGAGUUAUGUUUCCUUGAUGAAGUUCAAUACUUUAUAUUGCUAAUGCAUAUACAUACAUAUGUAAAUGUUUUUGAAAUCAGUUGGAAGGAUACAGACCAAACUCUUGAUGGUGGCCUGUGAAGAGUGGAGAAGGGAAGGGAAUGAGUGGGGGUGGGGGUGGGGAGGGGCUUAAUCUUUUUAUAUAAAUAUCCAUUUCUCUUAAAAGCUGCAAGUAAAUAUAUGAAGAUACUAAUUCUGCAUUGUGGUAUAUGGAUAUCUUGUCUUAUUUUUUGUACUUUUCUGUAUUUUUAAAGUUUCACAAAAUUAAAAGAAUAGGGUGAUGAUGGGAAUUGUGUACUUGUAGAAGUCACAUACUGAAUUAAUUCCCAGUCAAAUACUAAACUUUUUAUAGAAAUUAUUUCUAAAAAUUUAUCAACAGUGAGUGGAUGGACUUACUCUAUGUAAUAUGAAAUUAUCUAUUUUAUUAAAAUUAAAAGUGACACCAUACUCCAAA